AUGAGCACCGCGAACUUCCAUGUCGACACACAACCUGCCCUAUGGGCUGAAUACCUGCGAGUCGCUAUGCUAGGGGUAGCCAUCUGGGAUUACAUUCAAACUCUUCCGACAGAGUGGAGAAUCUAUAGAGCACAGAAGGGUCGAAGACGAAUCAGCGUUCUAUGUGCUCUCUUUGUUCUGAUCCGGUAUCUCAGCGUGUCGGUCAUCGUCUUCAGCUCCGUGGGCUACUUUUACAAGGGCUUCACUGCUCAAGCAUGUUCGCACUACUUUUUUUUAGCUCCUGUCUUCAAAGUCGGCCAGAUAAUGGCAUCGCAGGCAAUUAUGGGCUAUCGUACUUUCAUGAUUUCACGGAGUGAUCCAAGGAUGGCCAAGUUCAUCAUCGGAUUUUAUGUCCUAGCUUGCUCGAUGCAGUGGUUUACGACCCUGUACAAGCGAGAAUACGUUCAGACGCAGGGAAACUGUCAUGCGUUUAACUCCAAUACUUUCCUAACUGCGUGGGCGUACUAUCUGAUAGCUAUCAUCUUCGACCUUGUCACGGUCGGAGUGUCUGUUGUGUACUUGCUGAAGUACAUACCCGAAUACAACGGAGUGCCGCAUUUCCUGACUGUUAUGCUGUACGAUGGCUUGGGGUAUUUUGUAGUGAUCACCUUCGCCAAUGUCUGUAACCUCGUCCUAUAUCAUACAAGUGGGAACAAUGCGGAGAUUCAGGACAGCUUGCUGACGAGGUUACGGUUCUUCAGUGUUUCAGCUGGGUACACUGUCACAUGGAUCAUGAGUCAGAAUAUUCUUAUCCAUCUCUACGAAGCCGCCACCACCCGUGAACUUCGUGAAUUUGCCAACGUCGGCUCCGUUGUCAUGACUCACUCUCUCGAUCCACAAUCGCUCUCGCACAUCCUGCACUCACAACAAAUGGACGCGCCAUUCCGAAAGCCAGUUUUCUCUCUGUCAGGAUCUGAAACAGGCCCCGGCAACAAGAAAGUCACCAGAAAUAGCGGUGGUAAAUUCCACGCUCCUUCGUUGUAUGUCUCCGCAUCAGCGUCCGGAGCGGGACACACCCCGCUCUCCCCACUCACGCCUACAGCGCUGCUCUCUCCACGGUCGAGGGACAGGGCCGUGGCGCAGGAAAUGAUCGGUCAACUGGAUAGAGAGGACGAUAUGGAUGUGGAGAACGGUCUGACGCCGGAACCGCUGCAGGUGAGGGUGGAGAGGAGCGUCAGGAUGGAAAGAUCCGCGGCUGCGAGGAAUUCGAGAGCCCAGAGAGAUGCCGCUAGUCAGCAAAGAGUAAUGUGGCCGUCUGGGGUACCGAAAUCAAUGGACUGA